CACAUUUGAAAGUUGUGGAGUUCUUCCUCUCCGGUUGUUUCGUCAUCCUCAAGAUUCUACACUCAGGCGAUUGAAGAGUUUCUGUUCGGUGCUUCAGAAAAAUGGGAGACCCUAUGACCGAGUACACAGCUCGACUGCAACAACAGGAGCAGGAAAUCCAGAGUCUUUCUGCAGAGAUUGAAAGUCUAAAGGAUCCACAGAGCCUGAGUCUAUCCCCACAUCUGGAUGAGCUGCGGGAGGAAAAUGCCAAACUGAAAUAUCGCCUCAACAUCCUCAAGAGGAAUCUGCAGGAGGAGAAGAUUCACUGCAGUAAAUCCAUGAUGAACAUCAACCAGCAGCUUCAGGGGAUUUUUGGUGAGGCCAUCCGGGCUUCUUGUCCUGAGCUGGACAACCCUCCAUUAUCCGUCACACCCAACCAGCAGGCCAAGUUCGGAGACUACCAGUGCAACAGUGCCAUGGCCAUGGCCCAGAUGCUGAAAGGAAAAGGGAUUAAAGCCAACCCGAGGGAAAUUGCAGAGAAGAUCAUCCAGAACAUUCCAGACAACGAACUCAUCCAGAAAACGGAAAUCGCAGGACCAGGGUUCAUCAACAUCCACCUGAAGAAAACGUUUGUGUCCAGACUGUUGAGUAACCUGCUGAUCAAUGGGGUCCAGCCUCCCCCACUGGCCUCCAGGAAGAAGGUGGUGGUGGAUUUUUCCUCUCCUAACAUUGCCAAAGAGAUGCACGUGGGUCACCUGCGCUCCACCAUCAUCGGUGAGAGCAUGUGUCGGCUCUUUGAGUUUCUGGGCUACGACGUUCUCAGGCUGAACCAUGUGGGAGACUGGGGCACCCAGUUUGGGAUGCUGAUCGCCCAUCUUCAGGAUAAAUUUCCAAACUACCUGACUGUCUCCCCGCCCAUCGGAGACCUGCAGGCCUUCUACAAAGAGUCAAAGAAGCGAUUUGAUGAGGAGGAGGACUUUAAGAAACGAGCGUACCAGUGUGUCGUCAGACUGCAGAGCAAAGAACCGGAGUUCAUCAAAGCCUGGAAUCUCAUCUGUGACGUCUCCAGAAGAGAGUUUCAGAGGGUUUACAACUGCUUGGACAUUCGGAUCAUCGAGAGAGGAGAGUCGUACUACCAGGACAUGAUGACUGAGGUGGUGAAGGAGUUUGAGGAGAAAGGCCUGAUAGAGCUGGACGAGGGUCGUAAGAUUGUGUUUGCCCCGGGUCAGUCCAUCCCCCUCACCAUUGUCAAGUCGGACGGUGGAUACACCUACGACACGUCGGACCUCGCAGCCCUGCGGCAGCGAAUCUUUGAGGAGAAAGCUGACAUCAUCAUCUAUGUCACGGACAGCGGACAGGCCACACACUUCCAAGUGGUGUUUGCUGCAGCUCAGAUGAUUGGCUGGUACGACCCCCAGGUGACCCGGGUGGAGCACGCAGGUUUUGGAGUGGUGCUGGGGGAGGACAAGAAGAAGUUUAAAACCCGGACUGGAGACACAGUGAGGCUGAUGGACCUGCUGGAGGAGGGACUGAAGAGGUCCAUGGACAAACUGAGGGAGAAGGAGAGAGACAAGGUCUUGACCCCAGAGGAGCUGACUAAAGCCCAGAGGUCUGUCGCCUUUGGCUGCAUCAAAUACGCCGACCUCUCCCACAACCGCAUCAACGACUACAUCUUCUCGUUUGACAAGAUGCUGGAUGACAGGGGCAACACGGCGGCGUACCUCCUCUACGCCUUCACUCGCAUCAGGUCCAUCACUCGCUUGGCUAACAUCGACGAGGCCAUACUGAGGAAAGCGGCAGAGACCACCGAGGUCCUCCUGGAUCACGAGAAGGAGUGGAAGCUGGGGAAGUGCAUCCUGCGCUUCCCUGAGAUCCUGCAGAAGAUCCUGGAAGACCUGCUGCUCCACACGCUGUGUGACUAUCUGUAUGAGCUCGCCACCACCUUCACUGAGUUCUAUGACAGCUGCUACUGCGUGGAGAAGGACAGACAGACAGGUGAGGUGGUCAAAGUGAACAUGUGGAGGAUGCUGCUGUGCGAGGCCACGGCGGCCAUCAUGGCCAAAGGCUUUGACAUCCUGGGGAUCAACCCUGUCGAGAGGAUGUGACGACACUGAGAUCCCACCUGCCUGCAUCCAAACCCAGCAGACGCCACAACGGGAGGAGGAGAAGCAAAGACAAACUAAAGACUGUGAGUCUUGUUUACUCAAGUCAUAGCCACAAAGCACUGGACUUGAACAGUUAUUGUGUUAAAAAAAGUUAUUCUCUCCAUUCUGGGAGGAAAGAAACAUGUUCAGUUGUCGCCUCAUACCAUGGAGCUUUUUUUUAAUUAAAGGACCCUUAUGAAAUCAAAAUAACUGCUGUCAUUUCUAAACUGUAGAGUUUACAGCCAAAUUCUUCUUGCUUCUGUAAAACAGCUGUGAAACCUUAGAUAUGUGAACACAAACGUGCACAUUUCCACAGUAAAACAGGUGCUGAACUGGCCUGAGAGCCACUUCCUCGUGAGCUGGAUUAAAUAACUCUCCCUGCUGAUCGAGUGUCUCUGUGUUGCACCCGACCUUAACUGAA